AUGCCCUCAUUCUCUCGACUCAUCCGCUUCCUAGCUAAAGACGGCCGAACCUACUAUGGCGAUGCCAUCCUGCCCCACGGCACAGUUGAUAUCGCAAAGGCGACACAAGCUAAAAUUAUACGCGGAGAGAUAUUCGGCAAACAUGACGUUACGGAUCAAGUAGCUGAUAUACGAAAGCUCCUCGCCCCGCUUGCAUUCGAGGAUGUAAAGACAGUGCGGUGUUUAGGGUUGAACUACGAGCAACAUGCUAAAGAGUCCAACAUGCCAAUCCCCAAAUUCCCCAUAUUAUUCUACAAACCCAUAACCUCCCUCUCCGGCCCCACCGACCCAAUCCCCAUCCACCCGCUCGCCCAACUCGGUACCGGCCUAGACUACGAAUGCGAACUCGUCGCCAUAAUCGGGCGCACGUGCUCCAACGUCCCCGAAUCCAGCGCCCUAUCCCACGUCCUCGGCUACGCCAUCGGCAACGACGUCUCGCACCGCGACUGGCAGCUGAAGCACGGCGGCGGGCAAUGGUCUCUGGGCAAGGGCUUCGACGCCUGGGCUCCCUACGGCCCGGGCAUCGUGUCCACGUCUCUCAUCCCCGAUCCCCAGAAUCUCGAGAUAAGCACUAGGCUUAAUGGCAAGACGGUACAGCGCAGCAAUACCAGAGAUAUGAUUUUCGGCGUCGCGAAGACGAUUGCGUUUUUGAGUCAGGGCACGACGUUACUGCCGGGGGAUUUGAUCUUUACGGGCACGCCGCAGGGAGUGGGCAUGGGGAGGAACCCGCAGGUAUGGUUGAGAGAUGGGGAUGUGGUUGAGGUUGCCCUGGAGGGCGUGGGGGUUUGUAGGAAUAGGGUUGAGUUUACCAAGGGGGAGACGAAAAGUAAAUUGUAA